AUGGCUCUACCUACUAAUGGGCGUGUCAUAAUUGACACUACGGUUGGAGAAAUUGACAUCGAGCUCUGGUCCAAAGAGACGCCGAAAACAUGUCGGAACUUUCUUGCAUUGGCAAUGGAGGGGUACUAUGACGGUGUAAUAUUUCAUCGAGUCGUACCUGGAUUCUUGGUUCAGACUGGGGAUAAAACUGGCACAGGGAUGGGCGGAGAGUCUUUCUAUGGAGAACCAUUUGAAGACGAGAUCCAUCCUCGUUUACGAUUCGCUCAUCGAGGCCUGGUGGCUAUGGCGAAUAACGGACAGAAGAACUCAAAUGAUUCACAGUUUAUCAUCACACUAGACCGAGCCGAUGAACUGCAUGGUAAACAUACGUUGUUUGGAAGGUGCAUUGGUGACACGCUAUACAAUGUGAUGAAGAUAGGAGAAUUGGAACUUGAUGCCAACGAGCGACCCGUAUAUCCUCCAAAAAUCAAAGGGAUACGAAUCAUUGACAAUCCAUUCCCGGAUAUAAUCCCUCGUAUAACAGCCGCUGAAAGGCGCGCGCAACAGCGGGCGCGUGAAGAGGCAUUGAAGGAGCGGGAAGAGUACGAACGGCGGAAGAAUGCUAAGAAGGACGUCAAACUUUUAAGCUUUGGCGUAGAUGAGGGUGACGAAGAAGAAACAAUUGUGUUCAAGAAAAAGCCGAUUGUGCGGCCGGAUUUAAUUGACCAACCGGUUGCUCCGACUGUCAGUGGUGUACUCCCUGAUUUUGUCACACAAGGAUCUCGAACGACUUCAAAUAACCCAGAGAAGAAAAAAGAUCAAGAGAAAGAAAAGGGCGACGCAGACCGAGAAAAAAAGAGCAAAGAAAGAAAAGACAUCGAUUUAUCAAAAAUUCGAGAAGCGCAUGCUGCUGAAAAAGCGAAUUCGACUACUGCCCGUCAGACCGAAAUUUCCAGAAUGGAAGCCGAGAUUCGCAAACUCACCAAGCGACGAGAUGGAGGCGAUGAUGACAGUGACGACGAGCGAAAGAAAAAGAAGCCGAAGACAUCUUACCUCGAAGCGGAGCUGGGCAAAUAUGCUUCUAGUCGUGGAAUUAAAACGAAGGGCAGCAAAGGCAAAGGAAGAGCGAAGGAUGAACGUGAUGUUCUCAACGUUUUGAAUGCUUUCAGAGGAAAACUUCAGAUGGCCUUACCAGCUGCACCGGAAGAUGACUCUGAAGGAAAGAUAGGAGCCGACGGAACGGAAAAUAACUUAUUAAAGCAUGAAGAGGCCAAAGAAACUCAACCACCGCCCGCGAACUUCCCGGUAGGAGAAGACCCGGGCAUCGAAAUCGAUAAUGACCGAGGAUUUCUCGGUCAUUCUCUACACUUUCCUAAAGACGACGGAGAAGAGAGUCGGAAGGCCGAGAGAGAUUAUGAGGUUAUUGAUCCGAGGCAGAGAGGGGCGAGGGCGAAGGAAGAAGAGAAAGCAAGAAAGGCGAAGGCUAAGUAUAGGGAUGGGGGUAGGGGUUCUAGAGGUCGUGGUAGCAGCGGUGGAGGUUACCAACGAUGA